UCUCGGCCUCUCCCUUGUCCCAUGUGCUGCCCAUCGCGCCCAGACCGUCCAACCCACCCCCAAGACCGACCUAUGAGGUGGGAGCCAGUUUUUCCUGCGUCCCAUUCAAUACUUCUGCCGAACUCUCCGGGUGCCUGGUAGCUGCUAGUCUGUGGUGGCGGAUCGCAGCCUGUUGCUUCUCGCUCGCUCGGAAUCCUCCCCGCUGCCGGGUCAUGAACAGCUCGGCACGGAUCGCUUCGGCUGUUGGACUUCACCGAGGACAAGCCAAUGGCAAGAAGCUGGCUGAUCCCUUAUCCUCCUCCCUCCACUGAAGAGUGGCCGUAAGUCAUACCCCAGAUCCAAACAUCAGCAGCAGUGUUGGACAAGUGAACGCACAUCCAUGUGUUCUUUCUCCCCCGUCCAUCUCCCUUCACUCCUGAUUUGAUGAUCCUUCACCUGGUCAUGUCAAGCCACACAGACCUCCUUACAGAACUCCAAUUCCCGGAAAGGCUGCCCACCCCGGAUCGCCUGAGAGCCGCAAAGAAGCGCCGGGCGCAACAGCUGAAGAAAUGGGCGCAGUACGAGAAAGAGAUGCAGAACAAAAAGAGGAAAACUGACAAAAAGAAAGGCACGGGGAAUCAGAAGCGGGUCACUUUCACUCCCAAUGUUACACUUCUGGAGGCUUCUUCCCGCAACGACCUGGAAGAAGUGAGCCUCUUACUGAAGCAAAAUAUAAAUCCGGAUUUGUGCAAUGAAGAUGGACUCACUGCAUUACAUCAGUCUUGUAUCGAUAACUUUGAAGAGAUGGUGAGGCUGCUUUUGGACCAUGGGACCAAUGUGGAUGCAACAGACAACGAGCUGUGGACUCCACUGCAUGCAGCAGCAACGUGUCGACACACCAACCUGGUGAAACUCCUUAUAGAGCGGGGAGCAGACCUAUUGGCGGUCAAUGCGGAUGGGAACAUGCCCUAUGAUCUGUGUGAUGAUGAUCAGACACUGGAACUCAUCGAGACAGCAAUGGUUAACCAGGGCAUCACUCAGGAGAAAAUUGACCAAAUCCGUACAGCGAUGGAGCAGCAGAUGAUUGUUGAUGUCAGAAGGGCAGUUCAGGAGGGCAUCGAUCUAAGUGCAAGAGAUGCACAGGGAGCCACGUUGCUACAUGUAGUCGCUGCUAAUGGUUACUGCACAGUUGCUGAGCUACUGCUUGAACAUGGAGCCAAAGUGAACGUCAAGGACCAUGAUGGUUGGGAGCCAUUGCACGCAGCUGCCUGCUGGGGACAGAUGCAAAUCGCAGAAUUACUGACAGCUCACGGUGCAAGUCUCAAUGCCAAGACCUACCUGAAGGAAACACCAAUUGAUCUGUGUGAUGAUGAAGAGUUCAGGACUUUGUUACGGCAGCUCAAACACAAACAUGAAAGCAUCCAGAAGUCACAGGGAAAGCACAAGUCAUCUCUGAGCAGGAGAACAUCUAGCGCUGGGAGCCGAGGAACAGUGGUACGGAGAGCUAGCGUGUGUGACCGGAAUAAUUUGUACAGGAAGGAAUGUGAGCAGGAAGCAAUUAUCUGGCAGCAGAUGGGACAGAAGGAAAUGGAGAAGGAAGUCACAAGCAGCGAUGGAGAGGAUAAAGAUUCAUCCAAAGAUCAGGAGAACAUGAUCCCGGAUUUGUCCUCCAUCUCCCAAACAGCUGAGACCGAACAAACAGAAUCCGUGGAGAAGUCAUCGGACACAGGUGGGAAAAGCACCAUUCCAGUCUCAACUCCAGCUUCCCAGCAGUCGCCUUCCAAAACUGAUGACUUGAGGACACCCGCCACCGCAGACAAGGUGAACGGGCAGGUUCUCCGCGAUGGUUGUGAUGCAGCCCCCUCGCCGCAGCUAAACAAGGACCGGAGUUGCCAGACAUUGUCAGAGCUGAAGAGGCAGCGGGCAGCUGCCAAGCUGAGGAGGCAGACGUCUCAGGACUCAGUGCUGGUGAACGGUCAGGGGAGUGGGUCGGAAAAGGACCAGCUUCACCCAAAGAGCUGCCUAGUGGGCUCAAGGACAUCGGCGGUCAGUUCCAAUGGGAGCUCGCCCUACUAUUCUUAUUCCAGUGGGGACCCUCCAAUAUUAAGACUUAAGGCACCUUUGGAGCAGCCAGAGGCAAAGAGACAGGGCUGCUGUAGGAUUGUGUGAUGGAAGAGAAGGAACACAAAGCACUGUUUCAGUUGCAGUUGUUGGGAAUGGCUACUUGGAUGACAAGGUUCACGUUGGAACUUCUCCGUGAAAGUACUGACAUGAGAAUGUUAACUUAAGCACUAUUUUAAUUAAUUGCUCAUUGCAAUUACAGUGCAACUUUAUGAAGUUCUUCAUUUUGCGGGGUAAGAGUGAAUGGUUGUGAAAUCGCCUGGAGUUCUUAACUCUCCAGUGGGAUAUAGGCUACUCAUUAUAUCAUCUGGAGUCCCUAGCUAUCCAACAAGUUAAGGGUUACUCAUGACAAUUGCUUGGAAUUCCUAAAUAUCCAGCUGGUAUAAGUUACAUACUGUAUAUUGUCUGGAUUUGCUAACUAUCCAGUGAAAUACAGGUUACCAAUUUACUGUACACCAUUCUUGAUCCUUCUAGACAAACAUUUAAAGGGAUUGUUUCUCUUUUACUGUAAUGUUAAUUCAGUGGUGUCCAAAUGAGUGCCCAACCAGUUGAAUGAAAUAAAUGUCAGUUUUGUACAGUUGAUUUCAAACUAGAAUCUGAGCAAAAUGUGACAGAUUUAAUGACUUUUUUUUUGAGUAUACAAGCAUUGUACCCUUGUCUUGUUUAAGAUUUCUGAUGAUCAAUGUAACACAGUCCUCAAAAUGCUACAUUACUCUCUUGUGGAGUUUGUAGGUACUAAGAAAGUUAUCAUUUUAAGUGCAAUGAUUUUCUCCCCUCACAAGAGAGAGUAAGUGUGGGGCAAAGGAGGAGAAAAAGAAAUCCUAUCUGUGAUUCCUUUCAGCAGUCAGGUCUGCAGUUGUCUUGUUUUAGUGCCCUGCCUCACUAAAACCAUUCUUGUGGCAUAACGGUGCAGCAGUUAGCAUUGCUGCCACAAAGCUUCAGUGACCAGGGUUCGAUGCUGCCUCCAGUUCUGUCUGCGUGGAGUUUACAUGUUCUCCCUGUGACUAUGUGGGUGCUCUGGUUUUCUCCCACGUCCCAAAAAUGUGCUGGUUGGUAAGUUAGUUGGCGACUGUAAAUUACUUCUAUUGUUGGUGGGUGAUCGGAGAAUUAGGAGGUUGAUGGGCAUGUGAGAGAGAAUAGGUUACAGGGAAAUACAUGGGGCAAUGGGAUUGGGAUUGAUGCGAUUGCUCUGAGAGCUAGCACAGGUCCAAUGGACCAAAUGGCCUCUUUCUAUGUAGUAAAUAUACCUAUAGAAAACAAGAGCAAUUCUGUUCUCCAGGCGGGGCUGAGACAAGAGUUGGUCUCUCCUGCAGACUGAGUUCUCUUUGCAACCCUGCCUUAUCACACUGGUCCCCACCACCCAUCGCCAUGGAGAUAGGAGGGAGGGCAUCCUGUGUAAACUUGAACAAGAAACUGAAUUGUAGUAUAUUGCACAUUUGCACAAUGUGAUUAUAGUAACUGAAGAUCUUCCAGUAUUGUGAAAGGGCAACCUUUCACUGCAUCAAAAUUCCACACAGCACGCAAAGCUCAAAACCUAGGCUGAUGCAUCCACUGGUUUCCUGACCUAAUGUUUAACCCUGAGCCAGGAACGCCAAAACCAAUUAGCUAGUCAGUAUUCUCAUUGCUACUUGUUGGAUUGUGUUAGGCACAAAUAGGCUGCUACCUCUGCCCACAAAGCAACAGUGUCUGCACCUCUGCAGUAACUCAUCAGUUGUGAAGCACCUAACCAAGUUCUGACCAAAGGUAACCUCUGCUCUGUUCAUCGGAACUGAUUAAACAUCCUUGCUCUCUGUGGGUGGAUGUGUGCCUCCUUUAAAUGACAGCACACAAAUCCACAGUGACUCAGGAAAGUUUCUUCUGCUUCCCUUGAGAGAUGACCUAUUACAGUUUUCUCUCCCACUCCUGAAGUUGUUGGCUCAUGCUUUAAUGAAGAUGCUCACGUUCUAACCCCUUCUGAUUACUAUUUGUCAUAUAUUUGCCUGGAAACUGAGGGGCAGAGGAUGGGAAGUUAAUGGAGAAUCAGGAUCAUUUUAACUUUCCUCUGGGAGCAGAAAGUUGACAGCAAGCCUGAAACCUUCCAAAUGUCAUUUGUGGCUCAGUUCAUAAGAUACCUGCACUUGAGUCAGGUAAAGGGGUUCAACAUAAAAAUCUGGCCAUUUCAGUAAUGAAGGAGCGCUGGUCAUCAAAGGUUCUGUACCUUGGAUGAAUUUUUAACCAAGUCCACAUCUGUAAUGUUGGGUGGGCCCCAUAGCACUAUUUUGAGGAAGAGCAGAGGAAUUACCCUGAUAUUCCGAUCAAUAUCCCCGACAUCACAUCACUAAGAUUAUCAUGUCAGUGAUUGCAGGAACUCCUGUGUGUUUCCUGCAUUACAACAGUGAGUACACUUCGAAAGUACACUCAAUGAUCCAGCCUCCAAUUGUUCAGAAAUCCUGAUAGUCCAAUAUCUGGUUCACUCAUUAGUCCUGAAUGUGAGGCAGGGGUCUGGAGGGCAAAUGGGAUGUGCAGACAGAGCCGUGGGUCAAGAGAUCAGCCGGUGCAGGGUCCGGACUGAGAGCCGGUUGUGUGGUCGGAGUCGGGUUUGGAGGCCGCAACACCAGGGAUCAGGAAUGGAGCUGGGUCUGGAGUGCUUAUAUAUUUCCAGCUUCCUUUAAACUCAUCAGGUUCACUGGAAAGCUUAUCAUACUGCUGUGCAACAUGUAAAAAAAGGUGAAAUAAAUUGUGUUUGGGUAAUAAUACUGAGUAACAUCCAAUAGUCCAGAAAACCUGCAAGUGUGGAACUACCAAAGUUUGGUUUGGUUUAUUGUUAUUGUUAUUGUCACAUGUACUGGGAUACAGUGAAAAACUUUUGUUUGCGUGCCAUCUAGACAGAUCAUUACAUACAUCAGUACGUCAAGCUAGUAAAAAGGAAAACAGAAUGCAGAAUAUAGUGUUACGGUUACAGAAAGUGCAGUGCAAGUAGAUAAAUAAAGUGCAAGGGCCACGAUGAGGUAGAUUGGGAGAUCAAGAGUUCCUUGAUGUAUGAGAGGUCCAUUUAAGAGUCGGAUAACAGCAGGACAGAGCUGUCCUUGAGCCUGGUGGUACGUGCUCUCAAGCUUCCAAGGAUGCUAGAUUAUUGGAGUUUUCCUUGUACUCUAUUAACUGUAAAGCAAUUGGAGACAUCCUGAAAUGGAGUUGAAAGAUGAUAUAUAAAUGCAUGUGGAGACACAAGAGACUACAGA